GAGAGGUGUGGUGGGCGUGUUGGGCGUCUCCUGGUUCUUCUUCCUCCUCUUCCUCCUAUACCACCACCACUACAACACUCCCACGACCAGAGUCUUUCUAGUGAGCGACGAUAACUCAAGUUCAAGAUGGACGGAGCAACAGGUGGAGGACGAGGUUGAAGGGUUGAAGAAGGUGCAGAAGGGCGUGACAGAGGAGACACUAGUGAUGAUUGGCAUGAAGGGAGUACAGGAGAAGGGGGAGGAAGAGAAAGGGGGAGUACUACCACAGAAGGACGUGAAGAAGGAAAUUCAGAAAGAACAGAAGAUAAAGGAGGAGAUAUUAUUAAAGCAGGAAGAGGUGCGGAAGGAGGUACUGGAGUAUGAGAACGUGCGGGAAGGGACACUGGAACAGAAGGACGUGCGGAAAGAGAUACAGGAGCGGGAGGAUGUACUGAAGAAGAUAAGGGAGCAAAAGGACGUGAAGGAUGAAUGGAGAGUCAAGCUGGGUAACUCCACCUCGAACGUCAGUGCUGUGGGUCUUGGUCACCAGGAGAAGGACUAUCUUCACUACGACGAGGUGUUCUCUAAUACGACCUGGAUUCAGUGGCCACUCAUGGUCUUCUCAACGGUGGGGCGGCUGGGAAACUGCCUCAACAGCUACGCUACGGCUCUUACCUUCCACGGCCGCUACCCCGCCACCGUCGCCGUCACUGAGUACAUAUUCAAACGCAUCGCCUCAUUAGUGUUUCGUGAACACCUGGAAAUACCUGUUGUGAGUGAGGAACUGUACCUUGACGCACACGACAUGGGGGUGGUCGAGAAGGUUAAGCCUGAUUACCUCAAGAACGAUAUGGUGAGCCAUCUAGUGCCGACCUUCCUCAGGGCUGUCAGCGAGUACCAGCACCACCCUCAGGAGAAGGUCUUCAUCCUGGAAGGUUACCCCAACCGGAUGAGGCUCCUGGCCGGCCAUCACCACACAAUCCGUAACAACUUUAAGAUCCGGCCAGACCUACAGGCAACAGCUUUGUCGUUCCUGAGUCGAGUGAGAGCAAGGAGAGGCAGGAACGUGACCUUCGUGGGUGUUCACGUCAGGCGCGGCGACUACGUACGGUACAUGGAGAGGUUCUACAGGUGCAGUUUACCGGGUCCCCAGUACUACACUGCCGCCCUUCAACACUUCCGCCUCGCCCUGGCCAACCCGGUGUUCGUCGUGUGUUCUGAUGAUCUUCCUCACGCUCGAGAGCACCUAGAUAAACACACUGACGUCAUCUUUUCAGACCUGGCUCGCCCAGAGGAGGACCUGGCUCUGCUGGCGGCAUGUAACCACUCCAUCAUGACAGUUGGCUCCUUCGGGUUCUGGGCAUCUUACCUGACUGGCGGUCACGUCGUCUACCCCCACCUGAAGAAGUGUCCCGUCACGCCUUUCAUCCACCCCGAUACACUAGGUCCUACAGGCUAUGACAACUGGCUAGCCAUCCCUGUUCAGUGAUCCUCCACAUGAAUGUUUAAGAACGCCAAUUCAACUCCAAUACACAGUGUUGUUAUUUGAACGUAAUACAGUAUUAGACUUGUUUGCUUGUUUAGGUUUUGUUAUAUGUUUUCAGAAAAGUUAACUUCCUCUUAACAGUUAGAGAAUAAUUUUUUUUUAUUAAAAGUGAAUUAAUAUCCAACACGACGAACAGAACAUUUAACACACAAGUAUGGUGAUGAUGAACACUUGUUGCUAAUAUGAAUGUUUUUAGAGAUAAGAACAUAAGAAAAAGAAAAAAAGGAGUUUGCAAUAGGCCGGUUGGCCUG